CUUCUUGGCUUUUAUGAGCUAUUCAAGAGAUAUUUAGUCAUCACGUUGUGUCACAAUGGGAGUGACUCACAGAGCAAGGAGAGAACCUGAGGAUUCCUCACACAUGUAGUACUCAGAGCUCUACGGAAACCCAGGCACCUCGACCUCAAGAGGAUCAGCCUGGCCAGGGUGGCACAACUCUUCCUUCCCCGUGCACAGCAGGAAAGCUGCCAUCAGCUGAGCAAGUCCACCAACAGUUUCUGUGUCCCACUUCAUCUUUAAUAAGGACACCAUCUUCUUGUAUUAUACAAGAAAGGAGUGUACCUAUCACACACAGGGGGAAAAAUGCUCUUUUGGGUGCUAGGCCUCCUAAUCCUCUGUGGUUUUCUGUGGACUCGUAAAGGAAAACUAAAGAUUGAAGACAUCACCGAUAAGUACAUUUUUAUCACUGGAUGUGACUCGGGCUUUGGAAACUUGGCAGCCAGAACUUUUGAUAAAAAGGGAUUUCAUGUAAUCGCUGCCUGUCUGACUGAAUCAGGAUCAACAGCUUUAAAGGCAGAAACCUCAGAGAGACUUCGUACUGUGCUUCUGGAUGUGACCGACCCAGAGAAUGUCAAGAGGACUGCCCAGUGGGUGAAGAACCAAGUUGGGGAAAAAGGUCUCUGGGGUCUGAUCAAUAAUGCUGGUGUUCCCGGCGUGCUGGCUCCCACUGACUGGCUGACACUAGAGGACUACAGAGAACCUAUUGAAGUGAACCUGUUUGGACUCAUCAGUGUGACACUAAAUAUGCUUCCUUUGGUCAAGAAAGCUCAAGGGAGAGUUAUUAAUGUCUCCAGUGUUGGAGGUCGCCUUGCAAUCGUUGGAGGGGGCUAUACUCCAUCCAAAUAUGCAGUGGAAGGUUUCAAUGACAGCUUAAGACGGGACAUGAAAGCUUUUGGUGUGCACGUCUCAUGCAUUGAACCAGGAUUGUUCAAAACAAACUUGGCAGAUCCAGUAAAGGUAAUUGAAAAAAAACUCGCCAUUUGGGAGCAGCUGUCUCCAGACAUCAAACAACAAUAUGGAGAAGGCUACAUUGAAAAAAGUCUAGACAAACUGAAAGGCAAUAAAUCCUAUGUGAACAUGGACCUCUCUCCGGUGGUAGAGUGCAUGGACCACGCUCUAACAAGUCUCUUCCCUAAGACUCAUUAUGCCGCUGGAAAAGAUGCCAAAAUUUUCUGGAUACCUCUGUCUCACAUGCCAGCAGCUUUGCAAGACUUUUUAUUGUUGAAACAGAAAGCAGAGCUGGCUAAUCCCAAGGCAGUGUGACUCAACUAACCACAAAUGUCUCCUCCAGGCUAUGAAAUUGGCCGAUCUCAAGAACACAUCUCCUUUUCAACCCCAUUCCUUACCUGCUCCAACCUGGACUCAUUUAGAUCAUGCUUAUUUGGAUUACAAAAGGGAGUCCCACCAUCGCUGGUGGUAUCCCAGGGUCCCUGCUCAAGUUUUCUUUGAAAAGGAGGGCUGGAAUGGUACAUCACAUAGGCAAGUCCUGCCCUGUAUUUAGGCUUUGCCUGCUUGGUGUGAUGUAAGGGAAAUUGAAAGACUUGCCCAUUCAAAAUGAUCUUCACCGUGGCCUGCCCCAUGCUUAUGGUCCCCAGCAUUUACAGUAACUUGUGAAUGUUAAGUAUCAUCUCUUAUCUAAAUAUUAAAAGAUAAGUCAAACAUU